AUGCAAUGCAAAUGGGCAACGGGCCAGCAUACCAAUAAAUACGUGAUUGAAGAUUCAUUAAAAACUGCCAAGGAAGGCAUCAGAAGAAACAGGAGUCUCUGCAAAGGAUUGUUUCUAGUGAAGAAAAAUACUGAAAUUCACAACUUCAUUGAUGUGCUGAAACAGACAGUGAAAAAUGUUCAGGUGAGCUCUUCUAAUGCAGUCACUGAUUUGGAGAAGGAAUUUGAUGGUCUGUGUUUUGUGUUGGAUAAGAUGAAGUGGUGUAUGACCAACAGUAUUCGAUAAGAAGAGGCUUAGAAACUUCAUACUCUGCAGAAUCAGGUUGACCAGUGUAUUAAUGCUCUAGAGAGUUCUGAGGAUCUGCUGAAACUUGCUAUGCAGUCACUGAACCUGAAGGAGCCUGCAAAAUUCUUAAUGCCUACAGCUCCAGAGAUAGAUGUCAGAGCAUGUCUGGUUGCUAACUACAUAAGAGUAUCGUGGAGAAUGCCUGAAGGUGACAGCAGAAUUGAUCACUUACUGGAGUAUAGAAAAAACAACUUUGAACAUCUUCCUCGAGUAAGAGAUUAACAUAGUUGGGAACUGAGAGACUCUAUUGAAACUACUGAGAUUUUUCUAAACAUUCCCUUUUUAGGUCUGAAGUUUGAUUCAAACUACUUCAACUUUAGAGUAUGAGCUUGCAACAAAGCUGCAACAGGGGAUUACUCUGAUCCCAUGACUCUAGAAAUCAAAGUGUUCAGUUUGGACCCUACUUCAGCUCAUGCAAAUUUGAAAGUUGAAGGUACCUGUGUUGAAUGGGAUCCUACUGGAGGCAGAGGCCAAGAAAAAAUGAAAGGGGAGGAAAAUAAAAUCAGUGACCAGAAUCCUCUGCUGAAGAGCAAGAAAAGCCAGUCCUCAGAGAUUAAAGGGGCUAGGGGUGGCUGGACUUAUCUCUUAAUAGCAACUACAUAUAUUUUUCUGGUAGGAGACCCUGCUGUUUGAAGUGGACAGCUUUACUGUGAAGUGAGAGCCCAGGACUGCAAAAGCUAUCACGUGGGAGUAACAUAUGGAAAACUGGGGAAAUUUGAUCAUCUAGGAAAGACUAAGUCAAGCUGGUGCAUCUGUAUCAAUAACUGGCUACAAACCACAUUAUCAGCAAAACAUAAUGAUAAAACCAAGAUUCUAGGUAUCCCUGCUCCAGACAGAAUAGAAGCAUAGUGUGAUUCUGAUCAAGGUAAAUUACAUCACCUCACAUUUUAUAAUGCAGACUUAAAGCAACUGUUACACACAUUCAGAGCAAAGUUUACCCAACCAUUAUUACCAGGCUUCAUGGUAUGAUGUGGUAGGCUUAGGAAUACUGGAUUGCAGGUGCCAAGCUCUGUGGAAAUGGCCCAGAAAAGUGAAAUGAGUGCUUCAACAAGGAGUCUGAAGAGUAUUGCUUAA